UUAUAUACGAUUUCUGUCCGGCGAAAAGUUCCGUUAGGAGCAAGAACAAGAGUUAAAGCAUUGGUACCAAAUAAUAUUGCUCCAAAAGUUGUUGUCUCUGUCCCAAUAAAAAUGGAGUUACGCAGCCGAACAAACAGGAGACUAGUGGACUUCCUCAAAAGCGCUGGCGUUUACGAGGAAGGCAUGGACAUCGAGGAAAUGACCGAGCUAGCAAGUGUCAUGCAGCAAUCUGCGAGUAUCAGUCCCCAGGACGAAGAUCUGGAAAGGGCUCUGCAGGAGAGCGAGUUGGAGUUUUUGACCUCGCACCCUAGUGCUUUGCACAAUUCCACGAUGAUCAUAUCGCCGCAAAUGACCAGGAGGAAUCCCUCGGACAUGGACAGUCCACCGAGCGAACCAAUCCGCAUAACUUUUCGGGCUUUGGUGCAUCAUGCCAUGGACUGGAGUCCCACCUCGGAGAAUCGAGUUCCAGAUCGCAAACGAAGUGCCGCGGAUAACAACCAAAUUGUCGAAGUAGGUGGCAAACGUUCCAGAGCACCGGUCAUCAGCAUAGGCCAGGCUCCGGUUGAGGAGCCCCACAACGGCGAUGUCACACCCGUUCUCCAGGGCAACGAGGGCGACUCCGGCGUCAGUUGGGAGGAGGUAUCUCUGUCCAGCGCCAGCGAUAGCAGCACUUUACCUUCCAUCGGUGAAAUGCCCGAUCGCCAUUUAAUUAGCACCAGCAGCGUCGCCGUUUCGGAUUUCUCAGAUGUCAAUGAAAUCAGCCAGGAAUAAGCUGUUAUUGCCAAUGUUUUGUAGUUUAUGUUUCCGAAUCGAAUGCAGCAAAGAUUUUACAAUGUUUAUGGCCCCAACAUGUCUAUAAAAUGAGUACUCGAAUAUGUUACCUAUAUGUAUGUCACAUUAAAGGAUUGAAUGAUUGCCCAAAAGUCUACCAGAA